AGCUGCCAAGAUGAGGCUGCUUCUGAGCUUGUGUGUCAUGCAGAUGGUGCUUUGGUCUGCUGUCCAGGGUAACGGAGAGAAUGGAGGGCAGCCCCACCCUUGUCCCCCUGUGCAUGACACAGAUCGUUUCAAUGGCAGCCUUAGGAUUUACCACCAGAAUGCUGAUUUCGCCUUCCGCCUCUACAAACACAUCUCUGCCCUACCCGACUCGCAAUCCAAGAACGUCUUCUUCUCUCCGCUCAGCGUGUCCGUUUCCCUGGCGGCGCUGUCAGUGGGGGCGAGAGGCGAGACGCACCAGCAGCUCUUUGAAGGUCUCGGCUUCAAUGGGACGGAUGUCACUGCGGAGGAGGUUAACGAGGCCUUCCAGCACAUCUUCCAAGACCUCAACAAGAAAACAGACGUGGAACUUUCACUAGGCAGUGCAGUUUUCAUCAACGACAAAUUCAAGCCCCAUGCUGAGUUUCUGGAGAGCAUAAAGCGUUACUAUCAGGCAGAUGGUUUCAGCACUGACUUCCAAAAGGCCAGCGAAGCUAAGGACCAGAUAAAUAAAUAUGUGAAUGAAAAGACCAAGGGCAAAAUAGCACAGUUAGUUGAUAAUCUGGGACUAGAUGUAGUAAUGUAUCUUGUCAGCUACAUACAUUUUAAAGGCAAAUGGGAGAUUCCUUUCAGUCCCACGUUAACCAAGGAAGACACAUUCCAUCUUGAUGAUAAAACAACUGUUCCGGUUCAAAUGAUGACUAUGGAAGAUUUAAUGUCUGCUCAUCAUGAUGAGGAGACGUCCACUCAUGUCCUUCGGCUGGAUUACAAUGAAUCUGUCUCAAUGUUGCUUGUCCUCCCUGAGAAAGGCAUGAAAGAGCUAGACAAGGUUAUUUGCAGGGCCUAUUUGAGAAAAUGGAUGAGAUCAAGGAUGACAAGGCGAUACAAGGUGUUUGUCCCAAAACUGUCUCUCAAAACCUCAUAUAAACUCAAAGAAGUUCUGAAAGAAAUGGGGAUCACAGAUAUAUUUCAGGAUACGGCAAACCUUGCGGGAAUAUCAGAUGAACCACUGUUUGUGUCAAAGGUUGUUCAUAAGGCCACUUUAGAUGUAGAUGAGGCAGGGUCUGAAGCAGCUGCAGCCACUGGAGUGGAAAUCUCGCGGCGUACCUUUCCUGUUAGCUAUUCAACCUUGACAUUUAAUCGUCCUUUCAUGGUUUUUAUGCUCAAUCGUGAUACCAGGAGUAUACUGUUCAUGGGAAAAGUUGUCAAUCCAGCAGAAACAUAGAAUACAUUUUUAUUUAGCUUAUAAGAGUUAUCUGAACAUGGCUGUUUAAAUGUGGAAACAGGUUUGACAGGAACAAAAAGCAAUUACAUCUUCAGAAAAAAAGAUUUUUUUUUGUUGUUAUGUUGAGGUUCACAAAGAUAUUCUGAAAUAAAAUGAGUAAAAAUGUACCCAUGUGUCACACACUCACUUCCUACUGGUGUGUAUCUCAUUAAACUCGAAACACACAUUAAAGUU